CCCAUGGAAAGACGUUCCCUCUGCUGUGUCUUCAGCGUCUCUGUUUUCCUCAGUUUUUCAUAUCUGCCCACAGCUGCUACCGUCGUCUGCCCGGGUAUAGACGUGGUAAGAGGAACUCUAAAGUACAGUGACGGACCGGCUUAUCCAGCUUGAACGCCGUGAUCAAUGACGGCUUUGGCCAGCGAUGGCUGUCGUGUCAUGGAAGGAGAUUCUACUUUUGACUGGACUGGUGGUGGGAUGCUACUGGAACAGUCUGUCGUGUGGGUUCGUGUUUGACGAUGUCUCGGCGAUCCUCGACAACAAGGACCUGCGGCCCACGACCCCCAUCCGAAACCUGUUCCUCAAUGACUUCUGGGGAACGCCUAUGGCCGAGGAGCGGAGUCAUAAAUCCUACCGACCCCUGACCGUCCUCACCUUCCGACUGAACUACCUCUUCAGCGAGCUCAGCGCUGCUUCCUACCACCUUCUCAACGUCGUCUUGCACGCCGUGGUGUGCGUGCUCUUCCUGCGAGUGUGCCGAUUGUUUCUGGACAAAACCUCCAGCUUGGUGGCUGCGUUGCUGUUCGCUGUGCACCCCAUCCACACUGAGGCUGUCACAGGUGUGGUUGGCAGAGCUGAGCUUCUCUCUUCAAUUUUCCUCCUGGCUGCUUUCCUGGCAUACACAAAGUCCACCAGUGCGGACCGCUCCAUCGUCUGGGCGCCCAUCGCUCUGACGGUCGUCCUGGUGGCAGCAGCCACGCUGUGUAAGGAGCAGGGCAUCACCGUCGUCGGCAUCUGCUGUGUUCACGAAGUGUUUGUGGCACAGGGGUUCACGCUGCCCAUGCUGCUGCACACAAUGCGCCAGGUGCUGCAGGGGAAAGACGGCUUCCCGUACGCCGUCCUGCAGACUCUGCUCAAGCUCAUCGUCCUCGUCAUCAGCACGCUGCUGCUCGUCAUCGUCCGGGUGCAGGUCAUUCAGUCGCAGCUGCCCGUCUUCACCAGGUUUGAUAACCCGGCAGCGGUCAGCUCCACUCCCACCAGGCAGCUGACGUUCAACUACCUGCUCCCCGUAAACGCCUGGCUCCUGCUGAACCCGUCCGAGCUGUGCUGCGACUGGACCAUGGGCACCAUCCCCCUGGUGGAGUCGCUCCUGGACCUCCGGAACCUGGCCACGCUGGUCUUCUACACAUUUCUGGGCCUGCUGGCGUACCACAGCCUGCGCUACAGACACAGCUCUGCCAGAACGGUCAUCAUGGCCCUGUCUCUGAUCGUUCUGCCUUUCAUUCCGGCCUCCAACCUCUUCUUCCCGGUGGGUUUCGUUGUGGCAGAGAGGGUUCUCUACGUGCCCAGUAUGGGCUUCUGUGUCCUCGUUGCUCAUGGAUUCAGGAUUGUCUCGCAUAAAGGACAAUUGAAGAAGAUUUCCUGGUUGAUGAUCGGCGUGCUGCUCACUACACAUGCAGUGAAGACCUUCAACAGGAACUGGGACUGGGAGUCAGAGUACACUCUGUUUACGUCUGCGCUAAAGGUCAACAAAAACAACGCCAAGCUGUGGAACAACGUCGGCCACGCUCUGGAGAACCAGCACAACUACGCCAGGGCGCUGCGGUACUUCCUGCAGGCCACUCGGGUCCAGCCAGACGACAUCGGCGCACACAUGAACGUCGGGAGAACCUACAAGAACUUGAACAAGUCCAGGGAGGCGGAGGAGGCUUACCUGGUUGCUAAAUCACUCAUGCCACAGGUCAUCCCAGGUAAGAAGUACGCCACGCGCGUGGCUCCCAACCACCUCAACGUUUACAUCAACCUGGCCAAUCUGAUCCGGGCCAACGACUCGCGGCUGGAGGAGGCCGACCAGCUCUACCGCCAAGCCAUCAGCAUGAGGCCCGACUUCAAACAGGCCUACAUCAGCAGAGGGGAGCUGCUGCUGAAGAUGAACAAGCUGACUGAAGCGCGGGACGCCUACCUGCGAGCCCUGGAGCUGGACCGCGCCAACGCCGACCUGUGGUACAACCUGGCCAUCGUCAACAUCGAGAUGAAGGACCCGUCGGAGGCGCUGAAGAACUUCAACCACGCCCUGGAGCUCAGCCCCCGCCACAAACUGGCGCUCUUCAACUCGGCGCUGCUCAUGCAGGAGUCCGGUGAGCCCAAGUUCUGGCCCGAAGCCAACCGCCGCUUCCUGGCCUACGUGGAGGAGGAGCCCGACGACGCCAACGGCUACUUCAACCUGGGCAUGCUGGCCAUGGACGCCAACGAGAACGCGGCGGCGGAGCGCUGGAUGCGCAAGGCCAUCAGCCUGCAGGCGGGCUUCCGCAGCGCGCUCUUCAACCUGGCGCUGCUCUACUCGCAGUCCGGCCGCGAGGUGGACGCGCUGCCCGUGCUGGACGAGCUGCUGCGCCACCACCCGGAGCACAUCAAGGGCCUGAUCCUGAAGGGCGACAUCCUCAUGAACCACAAGAAGGACACGCGCGGCGCCAAGGCCUGCUUCGAGCGCAUCCUGCGCAUGGACCCCGCCAACGUCCAGGGCAAGCACAACCUGUGCGUGGUCUACUUCGAGGAGCGCGACCUGCCGCGCGCCGAGCGCUGCCUGGAGGAGACGCUGGCGCUGGCGCCCAACGAGGAGUACGUGCGCCGCCACCUGAGCAUCGUGCGGAGCAAGAUGGCCGCCAUGAGCGCCGCGGGGCAGCCGAUCGUCGCGGCGGCGGCGGCGGAGGGAGCCGCGGCAGCGGCCGAGGAGGAGAGGCCCGAGGGGGCGAAGGAGGUCGGCCAGGGCAGAGAGGAAGGGAGGGGCGGCGCGGCUGCUGGAAAGAGGGCUGGGAAUGAGAAGAAUGUGCGGAAAUCCUCGGCAGAGAGCCUGGAGGGGGCGGACGGGGACCAGCCGGAGGCCGCGGACUCCCACCAGCACGACCAACGGACUAAAGGCAAGUCCACCAAGGACAUCAAGGACAUCGAGGAGAAGAGAGCCGCCGCCUUGAAGAGACUCGAGGAGAUCGAGCGCAUCCUGAGCGGGGAUUGACACUGUGGGACUUUUUACCUGGAACACUUUUAUAGAGCUCUCUGAUCAAGACUCGUUUCAAACUCGUAUUCUUCACCACUUCUUUUAACGUCUGUGAUUGGACGAGCGGCCGCUGAGGACGGCCCCGCCCCGCCACACUGACCGCAUCAGGCAGGGAAAGGCCCAUCUGCACAUGGCGUCCAUGUAACAAUAAGCACAAAGCCGAUCGAGGGUGAUCUAUUUAAAGCAUAUUGCCUGUGUGUGUGUGCGUGCGCGUGUGUGUGUGCGCGUGCUCUCUCCGUCUGAAUGUGACUUCACAUAUCAAUCGUUGCUAUAUUUGUGUUGCUUCUCAAUGUGUCGUCAUUGUUUAUCACUGGAUUUUCUUUCUCUGUACGAUGUGAGUCACUUCGGCGUUUAUUGUGUUUUUAAAAAAAGAAUGAUUGUAUCGCAAACAAUUAAAGGAAGCCCCCUCCCCCCUCUCUCCCCCCUCCCCCCUCCCCCAACAGAUUUCCUCAAGGUAGGAUUGUAUCUGCCCCCUCCACACACACACACAUCGGGCCUGUAAUCGUCAUGGAUCUGGCUCGCCGCUUCCUCCCUCCCGGCAGCGCGUCACGUUUCACCGCCAGCCCGUUUAAAGGCGUUUAUCUCACUCCCCUUUGUCACGCCGACCCUUCCCUCCCUCAUUGUUUUUUCCUGAUAAACUCAGCCCUCACACAUCUUUCUGCCCACUGGGAAGAACACACCUUUUUUUUUUUUUCCUUUCUGGAUUGUUUGUUCUGGACAGCGAGCGGCGCUUCCUGAGCACGAUGUGUUUUCCAAAGCUCCGUCUUCGCAGGGCGGCGGCGGGGGGGGAUGGAUGCCCCACAUCCUGCGAGAUGAUGUUGAUUUGAUUUCAGAGGCUGCUCCACAUUUUCACCUUCCUUUAUUUUUUUUUAUUUUUUAUAUACUGCUCUGCAGAGUUAACACUAAUGCACUGUUUUGUGGGGCAGCCAGCAAACAAAUUGCGGUUUGAAAAGAAAUGCUGUAAGUGUUCCAGGUUGCUGGCGGACCCUGUGAUUGGAGCUGCGGGGCCAGUCAGCCGCAGUCGAGCGGCUGUUUACCCCCCUCAGUAGUUCAGGGCCGGUGCUUUUUGCGCCGCACAGCCUCGCUAUGCAUCCAUCUGGUUUAGUGUGUUUGUACGGACAUUUUCGACGGUACUGUAUCCAGUGUUAUUUAUUGCUCUCGUUAUGCACUGCAGAUGUUUUGACCACUUUCAGUAUGCUUUCAUUUACUGUAUAUCCUUCACUAACUAACAGUUGCUGCUGCAAAACGUCAGAGAACGAACCCUCAGAAUUCUCGUUCCUCUUCUGGAACCUGCCAACUUUCAACAAACGAACUGAAGAAAAGAAAAAGCUAUUUUUUUCAGUUUGGUUUGACAAUUCUGAGAUAAAUCUGGGUUACAGCAGAAUUAUGAACUGAAUGUCACAAUCAUGAAUUUUUAAAAAUCAGGUUUGAUCAGGAAAAGGGUAAAAAAAAUAUUACUUCAGUAUUAGAAUUCUGAGAAGAAGAAAAAAAGGCAAAAUUUUGAGUAGAAAAUCUCAAGAAAAAAUCUGGCAAGAGGUUGUUAAAAGAAAAACAGGAUUCUGAAUUUAAAAAUAGCAAUUAUUCAGGAAAGACAGUCUGAUUUUAUGCAGAUUUCUGAGAAAAAUCUGUAGGAAAACAUCAGAAUUCAGAUUUUUAAUGUGAGAUUUGUGGUUGAUUAAAGGGAUUAAGGGAGAUUUUCCAGAAAAAUGCUAAAUCGAACCGUUUCUUCAGUAUUGGAAUUUUAACAAAACAUUAAAAAUUUCCAAGAUCUGGAAGGAAUUGGAAUGGAAAAUCGUGUUAAAUGUCAUAAUUUUGAGAUUUAUGGCAGAAUUCAGAGAAAGAUAUAAAUGCUCCUGGAAAAAAAAGACUGAAUUACAGAUUCUGGUCAGACUUUGAGGGUGAAAGCUGGAAUUUGCAGAAUGAUUAUCAAAAUUCUGUGGCAGGAAAAAAAAAAUGUGACUCUAAGUUCAGACUUGAAUUUGUGAGUAAGAAGCAAGCCCAGAUUUCGGUGGCCUGAACCCUCUUUUCCCUGGGAGUCCAUGUCAGUGUUAAAUGUGUGUGAACUCCUCGAGUGGCGCCUCAGGCGAGGUGAAGCCUCCAUCCAGGAAGCGUCCGGCGUUCCACCUUACCGUCUCACCUGGUUUCGCUCAGCCACUCACCUUUUUUUGUACGGUUUUCUUUUUAUGCAAUAGCCCUGGGUGGUGGUGGUGGUGGUGGUGGAGCACGGUGGGGUGGGGGGUUAGAUUUUAUUA